AUGGGGCCCCUCCGCUCGGUGGUCGACGGCCUGCUCGGCAUGUUCUACGUGCGUAACGUGACGGCCUCGUUCCGACCGCCGCUGGAACCUAUCCCCAACUACAUCGAGCAGAGCCUGCCCUACUUCAUGGUGCUGGUGGUAUUGGAGGCGUUGGUGCUGCGUGUGCGCGGCGGCGGCUGGCGCAUCACCGACGCUACUGGCUCCGUGACGCAAGGCCUGGCGCAGGAGGUACUCCGCUACACGCUCCGCGGCUGCGAGGGCUGGGCGUACGUGUACGUGUGGCGCCACUGGCGCUGCUUCGACGUGCCCUGGGACUCGCCGGCUAGCUUUUGGUUGACCAUGCUCGGCGUCGACUUUGGCUACUACUGGUUCCACCGGGCGUCGCACGAGGUGAACCUGGUAUGGGCGUCGCACCAGGUGCACCACAGCUCCGAGUUCUACAACCUGUCGACGGCGCUGCGCCAGUCGAUGGUGCAGCAGUACCUCAGCUGGGGGGUGUACCUGCCACUGGCUCUCCUCGGCGUGGCGCCGUCUAUGUUCUUUACGCACGCGCAGUUUAACCUGGUGUACCAGUUCUGGAUUCACACAGAGCUGGUGAAGAGCGUCGGCCCGCUAGAGCACGUGCUGAAUACGCCCUCUCACCACCGCGUCCACCACGGUUCCAACGUCAAGUACCUGGACAAGAACUACGCCGGUGUGCUGAUCGUGUGGGACCGGCUAUUCGGCACGUUCUGCUGGGAGGAAGAGACGCCCACCUACGGCCUCGUGCACAACAUCGAGUCCUACGACAUGUGGACUAUUCAGCUGGCGCACUUUCGCUGGAUCGCGUCAGAUGUGCGCGAACAGGUUGGGUGGAAGAACAAGUUGAAGCGGCUGCUGUAUGGGCCGGGCUGGGUGCCGGGCACGGGCCGCUUGGGCGACGCCUCCACCUUCCCAGACCCGGACCCAAAGCGAGCACGCUUCGACACAGCCAUGCCUGGCUGGCUGCAGGUCUACACCGCCGUCCACUUCAUUGUGACGUUGGUGCCGGCCGUCAAUUUCGCACAGAAUCACUUGCUCUACCCGGUGCUGACCAGCCUGCUGUACAGCGUGCAGCUGCUGUACGGUCUGACGUGUCUGGGCUGGCUGUUGGACGGCGCCCGACUGGCGCCGCUGGCCGAGCUGCUGCGCUGCUGUCUCUGCCUGGUCAGCCUGUCGUACAUCGCCUGGCUGCCGGCCUUCGCGCUCACCGUCGCACGUGCCAUCUUCACCGUCUCGCUGCUCGUCUGUAUCAGCCUCGGCUGGGGGGACAUAACCACUUCCGUCAAGAUGGUCAAGGCCAAGAUGGAGUAG